CGCGGCCACACCGAGCGACGGCGACCGGGGGGUGUGGGGGGGGUGGGCGGUGGACGAACCGAGGGGCGAAAAACAGCUCCAGUUCAACCGGCGGCUCACACCAAAAACGUCAAACGGAGGACCGGAACCGAACCCUUUGACGCUUCCGUCGUCGUAGUUUGGGCCCCGCUCAUGCAGUCUGACCAUGGAUGGCACUCACAAUGGGGUUCAGGUCGGAGAGAACAAGUUCAUCAGCAAGGCAACCAUCCUCUCGCAUCUGAAAACGUACAACCUUUACUAUGAAGGACAGAAUCUGCAGCUCAGGCACAGAGAGGAAGAGGGGGAGCUGAUCGUCGAGGGCCUGUUGAAUAUCUUUUGGGGCCUGCGGCGACCAAUCAGGCUUCAGAUGCAGGACGACCACGAGCGCAUCCGACCGCCUCCCUCCUCCACAUCCUGGCACUCUGGUUGCAUUCUGGACAGUCAGGGUUCCCCAAACAGCACAGACGGUCAACAGAAGCCACACGUGACUCCGCCCGCUAUGGAGGUGACGCCGCCUGACAACCGAUCGGAAGACAACGGCGUGAUGGAGCACGCGGAAGAGGACAGCGAGAACUCAGCUCAGCUCCUCAGAACCAAGAGUGACGCCGGGGUCCUAAGGCGGGCCCACCGCCGCUCCCCCAGCGACCAGAGGAAGAUCCGACGCCAUCGCUUCUCCAUCAAUGGACACUUCUACAACCACAAGACAGCCGUGUUCACGCCUGCUUUCGGCUCGGUGACCAACGUUCGCAUCAACAGCUGUAUGACGACGCCGCAGGUGCUGAGAGUUCUCCUCAACAAGUUUAAGAUUGAAAACAGUCCGGAUGAUUUUGCACUCUACCUCGCCCAUGCCAGUGGAGAGCGAGUGAAGCUGAAGCGCAGUGACUUCCCUCUGGUUUUGAGAGUUAUGCAGGGUCCGUGCGAGCAGGUGUGCAAACUGUUCCUCAUGGAGGAGGACUUGGGAGAAGAAGUCACAUAUGAUGUGGCGCAGUAUAUCAAGUUUGAAAUGCCCGUGCUGCAGAGCUUCAUCACCAAGCUGAAGGAGGAGGAGGACAGAGAGGUGCAGAAGCUGAGGAGAAGGUACAACGUCCUGCGCUGCAUCAUAGAGAAGCAGCUCGGCUGUCUCCCCGAAGGCCCCGCAUGUAUGUGAAUGUCAAAGUGCCGGGCGACGACAAGCUCCAAACACGAGAAGAAGACACGCAGCGAGGACGCCAUCUCGCUGCGUCUGCUUUGGAUCGUGGAGACGGUUUGUUACGUUGUGUGUGGACAUUUUACAACACAAUGUGACUCAGGGAAGCUGACAAACUCUUUAUCAUCAGGCAGUGAUUGGCCAGCCAUCCAUUUUUUUUAAUAGCGUAUUGUCCGUGGAGCCUAUCCUAGCGGACUUUGUGUGAGAGGCAGGACGCAGCCUCGAGAACCUUCAGAGAACCUAACAUGCAUGUUUUUGGAAUGUGGGAGGAAGCCAAAGUACCUGAAGAAAAUGACACAAGCCCAAAGGGAAGAUACACAAGUAGGGCCUGAGCCUAAAUUCAAACCCAGGGCCUGUUGACUGUGACCCAGACAUGUCAACCACUAAUCCACGAUGCCACCCACGCUGAUUGUCUCAAGCCCGUUUGUAGCACAAGCAUCGUGUCACGCUGUCAGUCAAGUGCCUGCUAAAAACUCACCAAGCACAAACACACCACUAGGAUUAUAUUUCCUCCACAUAAAAAUCAGAUGAUGAGCACAAAGGUAAAAAAGCUUCCUCUUUUCCCACAAUGCACCGGGCGGCUUUUUGUCCCCUGCUGCAGGUGGACGAGUGGUUCUUCCUCAACUCACAGGUACUCCUAAUUCAUCUUUGUGUGAAAUAACAUACGCAAUCAUUCAACAAAAUGAAAAAAUAUGAAUGUCAUGUUGACAUGUUGAAAGCACAACAAAAGACUGGAGCUGUUAUUUUAAGCCUGGUGCACAACACAAGACCGCUUGUGUCUGCCUGUUGUGCGAUCCACACAGCUUGCAUGCACACUCAGAGCCCAAGUGGAAGUAGGUCAGUAAAAGUGUUCACCGGCACACAGACAGACAGAAGGCCAGACGGCAUCAUGUUGUGUCGCGCUUGUCUGUUAUUAAAUCAUAUUUGCCGACUGCAACACCGUUAAGCCGCUUCAAGGUGUCCACUAAACUUGCUGCCAACACAAGGCAUAUUUUAGUGAGCUUGUAGAUUUGUAUUGUUUUUACCUUUAGUGUACUGUGUAGUUCUUACAGUUCAUGCAAAUGUCUGAAUGUCAUUCUGAGAAUGUGCAUGCUUUAUGUUACAGACUUCUUUUGACUGCUUCUUUUUUUUGGGGGGGGGGGGGUGACUUCUUAAUUAAAGCUAAUGAAAUAUUUUAGUCCUUCACAUGUGGACAACUCAUGAUGAUGUGAAAAUGUAGGGCUGGGGUGGUUGAAUAAUGAUUGUAAUUUAAUUAAAAAGAGUUUUGAAAAAAGA